GGAACCUUGUGCCUGUAGGCAUAAAGAGAACUCAUACAUAAGCAGUGUUUUCUUGACAAGCGCCCUGCCUUCAACGUAAUUUGACUACAGCUGACAGCUGAAUAUAUUAGGAAGUCUUUUGCUUUUCAACGUCCAAAGAGAACAGUCGGACUAGUGUGGACUUAAGAUUUUAUAUCUGGAAUAUAUAGCUUAGGUUUUUUUCUUAGUCAAAUUAACUGUUCAAAUUGGAGUUAAGCAAGGAUAUCCGUCGAGCCAAUGCUUCUUUAUUGUAAUAGUGAAUAAGCAGUGGAUCAAGAUUCUAAAACUCUUCUGAAAAAAAUGAUGACGAAAACUGUUUUAAGGCUUGCUUUCUUGUGUGGAAUAUGUACCGUGGUGGAACUAUUAAGCCCUUGUGUAAAAUGUCAAAACGAUGAAACGUGCAAAGCCCCUGACUGCUUCUGUUGCCGAAGUGAGCUUAAUUUACCAAUUCCAUUGAAAAACACACCGCAAAUUGUGUACUUUACUUUUGAUGAUGCCUUAACUGAUGCUGCCUCAAAAUUUUACAGAAAACUUUUUAACGAAACAAGAAUGAACCCCAACGGUUGUCCAAUAUCGAUGACAAUGUUCAUUUCACAUCAAGACACUAUCUAUCGAAAUGUUAAAGAUUUCUACGAGAGAGGAAUGGAAAUUGCUUCCCACAGUGUAACACAUAGCCAUAUGAAAACUUCCAAUUUUAUGCAAGAGGCAAAGAAACAGAAAAGGAAUCUCGCAAAGUUCGGCGGAAUACCAGAAAACGAGAUUGUAGGAUGGAGAAGCCCAUUUCUAGAGCCCGUCGGUGACAUGCAGCCCGAAAAACUCAAGGAAUUGGGAUACCUGUAUGAUGCUACUCUUACAUUCAGUAAAAGAAAAUUAACCGAUAAAGCACCCACACCCUUUACACUUGAUUUUGGUUGGCCCUACGACUGCAAAGUCAAACCUUGUCCCAAGAGGCGUCACUCAGGGUUUUGGGAAGUACCGGUUGUUUCUUUGUUGGACUACAAGCAUAAAUAUGAUUGCGUUUACGUUGAUGGCUGCAAUAAUCCACCACCAAACGAAGCUUCCGCCUACCAGUUUCUCAUGGAUAACUUUAACAGUUACUACACCACUUCAAGAAAUCCGUUUGGGAUCAAUAUGCAUCCGUCCUGGUUUUAUAUUCCAGAUCGACUGAACGCCAUGGACAGGUUCAUAAAUACUUUACUAAAAAUGGACGAUGUAUACAUUGUGUCUGUAGAAAAAACAAUCAGAUGGCUCCAAAACCCAACACCACUAUCUGAAUUACACUCUUUUGAACCAUGGAAAUGUGACCACGUAAAAAACAAACAACAAGCUAACACAGCCACAACGAACAACAGACGCCACAUGGGGUUAUCUCCCAUGGAAAAACAGCACAUGUACAUACAACAACGUCUCCAAAAAAUUGCAGAGAUGCGAAGAGAAAUCGAGUUAAAACGACAACGAGAAUUACAAAUAGAAAUAGCCUUAAAGAAGCAGAGAGAAUUAGAAUUGAUUCAAGGUCAGACUGAUUAUGCUAACAGAGAUUGGUGGUCUCCUCCUCGCAGACACUCAAACAAUAUUCCCCAAAGUCCGUUCACGGAAGAAAUCCCAAAUGCGCAUGUUCUAGAUACCCCGGUAGAUGAAACACCCCUGGAACUUAAUAAACAAGAGGAUCGAGUGGCAAGUAAGUCAUCUACAAAUUCAAAACGCCCAGUUUGGGAGCACAAAUCAAAAAGAAACAAAUCAUCUACAAAAUCAAACCUCUCAAAUAGGGAACAAAUUUUAAAUCGAAAUCAACAGAAACAAAGUUCUAGUACUCAAACAAAAAUUGUUCCCUUUUGGCAGCAGGGGCAACUGGGAUCUCGACGUUUGCCUGAAGCGGCUUUCCAAAGAGACUCCCGUUGGUGGAACAAACCUGUGCCUUACGUGAAUGACUUCAAGUACAUGGUCGCUUAUUCUGUUUCUACUAAACCUCCUUCAGUAACUACAGCUAAAAUAGCAGCAUCAACGGAAUCUCCACCAACUACAUAUAAACCGCCAUCUCCUCCUAGAAGAAGUGCUGGGGUUGAUUUGUUCAGAGAAAAACAGCUCAUAGAAUACCAGCGUAGGCAGCGCCUAAUUCUAGAAAAUCAAAGGAAAAGAGAAGAGAAACAACUAAAACAGCAAAGACAAGAACUCCGAAAAAACGAGAAAGAAUCAUUUACAAAGCAACAGAGAUCUAGAUCUAAACAUAAACCAUAUUUCACCUGGCGAGAAAUUAUUCCUUCUUCAAAACAUCGAUGAUUAAAAACAUAAAAAAAGACUUCUCAGGACUUUUGAAGUUAAGUUUUUUAUUUUCCAUAUGAUUUCCUGCCUCAUACCUUUUUUUCAGUUUUUGAUGUCAAAAACAGGGACCGACCUCAAGUGCUUUCAUUUUUAAGUUAUAUGAAGUAUACAUUUACAUGUAUGUACAUAUCGGGACCAAUAUAUUUUUUUAGUUAUUCUAUCAUUUCUUUGUCUGAAAUGGAAAAAAUGUUAUGAUCUUUCUGUUUUGCAAGUCAGCCCCACGGACAGUUUGUGAUUAGUGUGAAUGUAUGUGAUUGAUGGGAGAUUCCUCAUACUAUGCAUGUAAUUUAUAUUUAUCUGCCUUCGUUUUUGAACGCCUUUUCUGAAUAUACAGUUGUGCCUUUUUGGUGUACAGUGUGUAUGGAAAAAAAUGUGAGCAGUUUUAAUAGCUAUCAUGUUUUUUGGCGAGACAGACUAAAUACCGAAACCCAUUAAAAGUUUGAUAACCAUGUAUACUGAAGUCAUUCAAAAUGCUAAAAAUGUCUUUCUAUCAUGAAGCCAUGCAAAUAAUUUACCGAGUUGUGCGACCGAUGAUAGAUUAUGUGCCAAAUAGAACCAUUUUAUGAUGCUUUUGCCAAAACAUGGUGUUUGUGAAUGGAUGUUUUCCAAUGUUUGAUGUCAGAAUGUGUUUAAUUGCCAAUUUGAGUAACAGAAUUCAUAAUAAUAAAAAUUAUAUACUUACCA